AUGGGGAAAUUCUACGACCACAUCCCGGAGCAUCUGCACGAGUUCAUGCUGAGGCAACGCCUCUUCUUCGUUGCCACCGCCCCGCUGAAUGGCGGUUCGGUGAAUGUCUCGCCCAAAGCCAACGAAGGAGCAUUCGAAGUGACCAGCACGCAUCGUGUGCGUUAUGCCGAUCUGACUGGGUCCGGUAACGAGACCAUCAGCCACCUGUUGGAGUCCGGCAACGGACGAAUCACCUUGGCCUUUAUCAACAUCGAAGAGGGCGCGCCCAACAUUGUCCGCCUCUAUGGCAAGGGCACGGUGUUUGAACGCGCCGCCGAUGCUGGUUUCGACCAAAGGUGGCGGGAUGAGCAUGGAGGAAAGUCGGUGCCUAUUGGAGUACGCGCUAUCAUCGAUGUAGCCGUACACACCUGUGCGACAUCAUGCGGGUAUAGCUUGCCCGUCUUCCACUUUCAACGCCAGCGUACCAUCCUGGACGACUUUCAGAGGAAGUACGAUCGGCCGGGCGGAAUGGAGGCGCUGCAAAAGUACAAAGGGGCUGCUUCUCCUUCCGUCGAUGCCGAGGGCAUCGUUGUUGAGAAAGGACACGAUGGCGGUCCGCACGUCCGACGCAUUGGUUCGGCCCUGGAGCUGUACUGGGCGAUUUGCAACACGCUGUCGAUCGAUGGGCUUCCCGGCAUGCGUUCCGUGGCACCCUUGACAAACAAAGAGGAACAGCAGAGGCUGUUGACACGAGCGAAAGAGCACGAUGCAUGGCAGGCGCCGCCGGAUGACUUGGGGCCCAUCAGAAGCCCCCCGAUGACAUCCUCUCAGACGGGUAAACGAGCGGCACCGGGAGGAAACGUGAACCUGGCCCAGCCGGUGAACAUGUUGCACGUCUCGAUCGCCUUCGCUGCCGGCUGCGCCUUGACCGCCGUCUUGCUUGCCACUCAGACGUAG